CGACCCCCAACCGCAGCCAGAACGGGACGCGACAAGCGGCGCGCCGGCGCCACCUCCUCUCAUCCCCAUCCGCCGUCGCCUUCUCAAACUACCGGCUUUCCGUCGCCUUCGCGGCGCUUCUCCCCGCAUCGUUCCACGCACGCACCCACGACGACUCGUCUACGGUCUACCCGGCCGGCGCCGCACGCCGCGCUCCCCUUCCGCCGCGUGCCGCCACGGCCGAGCAAGCUAGCUGGCCCAGCCACCGCCCUUUCAGCCCGGCGUUCCCCCGCAAAGCCACAGCGGCACCGAUAACAACCCGGCAGCGUCGGUAUGCGGCCGCACAGGCUGCCCCCGUGCCUGGCGGUGACGGCGCUGUCAGCGGCGCUGCUGUUCCUGCUCCUGCUGCUCUGCGCCUCCUCCUCACCUCCCCUCUUCGCCUGGCGGUCCUCCUCCGCCUCCCUCGCCGCGCCGCCGCCGCCGCCGCGGGCGGAGUGGGGCCCCGGCCGCCCGCCCUCCUUCGCGUACUGGAUCUCCGGCACGGGCGGGGACGCGCGCCGCAUCCUGCGCCUCCUUCGGGCGGUGUACCACCCGCGCAACCGCUACCUGCUGCACCUCGACGCUGGGGCGGCCGCCGAGGAGCGGGAGGCGCUGGCGCAAGCGGUGAGGCGAGACGAGCCCGCGUGGAAGGAGUUCCGGAACGUCGACGUCGUGGGGGAAGGCUACGCGGUCGACCGGACCGGGUCGUCGGCGCUCGCCGCCGUGCUGCACGGGGCGGCAGUCCUGCUCAGGAUCGGGGCCCACUGGGACUGGCUCGUCACGCUCAGCGCAGAGGACUACCCGCUCGUCACGCAGGACGAUCUCCUUUAUGCCUUUUCUUCUGUGCCAAGGGACCUCAACUUUAUUGAUCACACAAGUGAUCUUGGAUGGAAAAGGCAUGAAAGAUUUGAAAAGAUUAUUGUUGAUCCAAGUCUAUAUAUGGACAGAAACACUGAACCCUUCCCUUCAAAAGAAAUAAGACAAAUGCCUGAUGCAUUCCAGAUAUUCACAGGUUCUCCCUGGGUAAUUCUGAGCAGGAACUUUGCUGAACACUGUGUGCAUGGUUGGGACAACCUACCCCGCAAACUACUUAUGUACUUUGCCAACACAGCUUAUUCCAUGGAGUCCUACUUCCAGACUCUCAUCUGCAACUCUUCCGACUUCCGGAACACAACUGCCAAUGGUGAUCUGCGGUACUUUGUCUGGGAUAACCCUCCAGGCCUCGAUCCACUUGUUCUCAAUGAAUCGCACUUUGGGAACAUGGUGAACAGUGGUGCUGCCUUUGCGAGGCGGUUUGAGGAGGACACACAGGUGCUGAAGAAGCUGGAUGAUGAACUACUAAACCGGUCUCCAGUCCAGUUGGUUCCGGGGGUAUGGUGUCCGAACUUGGGCAAAGAACAGAAUGGGACAGAUGCGGACUCAUGCUCAAAAUGGGGUGAUAUCAAUACUGUCAGACCUGGACGUGGAGGGGAGCGGCUCAGGCAGUUCAUUUCUGAGAUCAGUCAGACAAGAGGGUGCAGCUAGCUGAAUCAGUAUUCGUAUCUAUUGUUCAGGAGGUGAAGUGAUGGAAUUACAAUGAUAGGGAUUUAUCCUACGCGUUGAAGAAAACAGAAGGCACAUGACGGAGUCAUAUGGAAAUGGCAAAAAGGUCUCAGAUUCAGGUGAUGGGCACCCGAUACUGCAUUCCAAAUAUUCAAGGCUGCAUGGUAAGAGCAGUGGUAGUGUUUAUACAGAUUAGGUAAGGUAUACUGUAUACUAGCCGUAGCUGCUUUGCCCUAUUUUUGAUCGUGUAGGUAGGACACAGAAAUAGGAUCUGCUCAUAUACCUUGUUGCAGCACCUUUGUAUAGAUGAUACUUUGAGAUAAGUAUAUAAGUCUGUAUUAUAUUGAUACUGAUAAUGCAGCUCCUUGGUGUGCUCGUGUCAUCGCAUGAGCUCUUUGUAAGGCGAAAAAAUUGUUUAACA